AUGAAUAAUGAAUCAGUGAAGCUCAGUACAGAAGACGACGAAUAUGUUUUCAUUGAUCUUGGCGAUCUUGGAAGGCACAUUGAGAUCCCCUCUGAAGCUCCAUACACUUUAUCAGGAUUGGAUACUUUGAAUCCGACGAUAAUAAUUGAUGGGAAAAUCAAGCUGGUGGGAGAAUAUAUAGAGACAAUUGGUACAUGCCUUGCUUUCUCUGACAAGGCAGGUGAAAAUCAGAUAGCGCAGAAGCUCGUUGAACCUGUUGCCAAAGUCCACAAUAUUCUUAAGUUUAGGUUAGCUGCAUUCGGCAACGAGAAUGAAGAGACAAAAACAAAAUAUUCUUCUGUUGAAGUCAUUGGAGACCUGAGUUUGUAG